AUGCACUCACGUGGUGUCUACAACAGGGGGGAGCCGUACAAUAAACACGGGCGUGCUAAUUACCAUCAACCUCGUCCUUCCGACACCUCUGCGGGUGCCAUUGUUGCUAUUGCUCCUGCCUCAGGCGGUUCUGGUGCUGUGGUGUCGCAGGUGGCAGGCAGUGACCGUGGUGGCCCCAGGCGUUUAACAUUUAACAAUUUCAGGACAUUUAGCGCACGCAAUAAGAAGACCCCACUCGAUGCAAACACAAGCGCCGCCCCGAAUACGAAACUCUGGCAACUUUCAGAGCAAGUUUCCUUCUACUGCAACAAGUGCCGUCGCGAUAACAUCAUAUCUGAUUCACUUGCUAUCGAUGCUGUGCACCAAUUGAUGCUUUGCACACGAUGUUUCACGCGUAUCAUUAGGCCACGCACGUACCGCCCGAGUCGUGUUGUUCCGUUUCCCUCCCUCCUUUCCUGGUUAAAUUACACACCUUCGAGGGUUAUGGAGAUGUCGGAGGACAUCGCGAGUCGGCCUGCUGAAGCUGUGGCGCCUUCGGCCGACCGUGUGGCGGUGCCGACUAUUCCAGGGGGAAGCCGCCCAACUCACAUUCAGCAGCUUCCAGCGACGGCGAUGAACACCGUUUCGAAUGCAGGCAACGUUGGUGGAGCACUGCUAGCUAGGGGGAUGACAGCUGCGUCACAACAGCAGCAAUCACUGGAAAGUAGCAAGCACCCAUGCCACCGUGUGUGGGGUAGUUGCCUACACGGCGAAACCUGUCUUUUCCGCGGCGCACCGUACGACCUUUGCAUAUGCUUUCUAAUGGGUCUUUGCAAUGGCGACGAGGCAACAUGCAACUUGUUGCAUCAGCGCGUGUUUGCUCUUCCCGACGCGGAGGCGCCCAUGCCCUUGCAGCGAUGUGAGGGUGAUCUUGAGGACCCAGGAAGUGCUUGGGGGAAAUGGGUGGGAAAGAAGAAGAACAGUGCAAAUUCAGCAGAAUGGCAGCUAUGGAAUAACGGACCCAUUCUAGAGUUGAUUAAUAGGCACGCCCCUGCUACCCCGGUUGCCGUUGCGGAGGAAAAGGGAGGGGACAACGUGAAGCCGAGGAUCAAGCUACACUUUGCCGACAUAUCAGCAGCGCUAAAGGGGCUCCAGAAGUGA